ACACACGCUCUCUCGCUUCUCUCUCUCUCCCAGUGGCAUUUUCUUCUUCUUCUCCCCUCUCUCUCCUCUGUAGCUGCGACUUUGAGACAAGCAACAAUGGAGGUUUUCUACUUCUUGGUGUUUGGAGCCAUGGCGGCUGUGGUAGCGGUGUUGGAGCUGAGCAAGACGAACAAGGAUCGGAUCAACACUUCCGCUGCCUUCAAUUCCUUCAAGAACAAUUACCUCCUCGUCUUCUCCCUCAUGAUGGCUGGAGACUGGCUUCAGGGUCCAUAUGUGUAUUACCUUUACAGCACUUAUGGUUUUGGAAAAGGAGAUAUCGGGCAGCUGUUUAUUGCCGGUUUUGGUUCAUCAAUGGUGUUUGGAACAAUUGUGGGAUCUCUGGCCGACAAACAGGGACGAAGGAGGGCGUGUGUUACAUACUGCAUAACUUACAUACUUAGUUGCAUCACCAAGCAUUCUCCUCAGUACAGAAUUCUGAUGGUUGGCCGCAUCUUGGGCGGUAUUGCAACAUCUCUCCUGUUUUCAUCAUUUGAGUCAUGGCUCAUUGCUGAGCACAACAAGAGGAACUUUGAGCAACAAUGGCUGUCAUUGACAUUCUCUAAGGCUGUUUUCCUUGGGAAUGGUCUGCUGGCUAUUCUCGCUGGAUUGUUCGGUAAUCUACUUGUUGACACUUUUUCUCUCGGACCUGUUGCGCCCUUUGAUGCUGCUGCAUGUAUUCUUGCAAUUGGAAUGGCCAUCAUAUUGGCAACAUGGACUGAGAAUUUCGGAGAUCCAUCUGAUAGUAAAGAUUUGCUCACCCAGUUCAAGGUUGCUGCCAUAACCAUUGCUUCAGACGAAAAAAUCGCACUACUGGGAGCCAUUCAAUCUCUGUUUGAAGGAUCGAUGUACACAUUUGUUUUCCUGUGGACGCCAGCUCUCAGCCCAAACGACGAAGAAAUCCCGCAUGGAUUUAUAUUCGCGACGUUCAUGUUGGCUUCGAUGCUGGGAAGCUCACUAGCCGCUCGUCUCAUGGCACGCUCGUCUCCUAGAGUCGAAAGCUACAUGCAAAUCGUCUUUCUAGUCUCUUCUGCCACUCUUCUCCUUCCCACCAUAACAAGUGUGUUGGUGAAGCCGAGUGAGGUGAAAGGGGGAGGAAUGUCGUACGGAGGAUGCGUUCAACUAGUGGGAUUCUGUGUGUUUGAGGCGUGCGUGGGGAUAUUCUGGCCGUCGAUAAUGAAGAUGAGAUCUCAGUAUAUCCCCGAAGAGGCAAGGAGCACCAUCAUGAACUUCUUCCGUAUUCCCCUCAACAUCUUUGUAUGCGUCAUCUUGUACAAUGUUGAUGCGUUUCCGAUAACGAUAAUGUUUGGGAUGUGCUCAAUCUUUCUCUUCGUUGCGUCGAUAUUGCAACGUAGGCUUAUGGUAAUCUCCGACAAGCCAAAGACAGAAGAUUGGAUUCCAAUGAAGGAUAGGAGCUCAGAAGCUGAACCACUUAACCUCUAAUGGAGCUGGAACCCAAUUCCUAAACUUUUGUUUUUUUUUUCUCCUUCUCUUUUUAAAUUUUGUUGAUGUUGUCCCAAAAAAAAGUGCACUUGUCAAUUUUCUCUCAUUCAAUUCUCCAUAUUGCUAGUAAUUGGAAAAGAAACACAGUACAUUGUACACUUUUUUUCUUUUGGGUUUGGGUAAUGAUAUAAAAGUUGGUCUCUCCAUAAACUGGGGUUAAAAAUGCA